AUGGGCCCAAAUGCAUAUGUCAUUGACCUCCCUCAUGAUUAUGGUAUUAGCUCCUCCUUUAAUAUUGAGGAUCUAGUUGCUUAUAAAAGCCCCACAACUAUUCCUGAUACCCCUUUUGAUGAGUCUUUGCCUAAUCCUAUUGAUGCCCCUAUUCCCACUCCUUUACCCUUAAAUUUGCCCUAUGCACAUAAAGAAUCUAUUGAUGCUAUUUUAGAUGAGCAGAUUGUUUCUACCAGGGAUGGAGAAGUUCACCGUUUCUUAGUUCGGUGGCGAGGGCGACCAGAUUCUGAUUGCACAUGGAUUACUCGAGAUGAGCUAUUGCGACUGGAUCCUGAUUUGCUGGAGUACUAUCAGAGCUCUUCAGAUUUCCACUCGACGGGGUCGAGUUCUUCUCACCCGGGGGGAGUUGGUGCGGACACGAGUACCACGAUUACAGCUGAGAGCUUUGCUAACAAUAAGAACGUUUGUGGAAAGCCUGUAGAACCCUGUCCAACUCAAAAGCGUGGACUGAAAUUCGACUUUUCAUUCCAAUGUGGGUUUCUAGUUGGUUAUGUGGUUUCUGCAAUUUCAGUAAUGACUAUUUUUGUGUCCCAUUAUGUGGUUUGCAUGAAUGAAAGGAAAACGGAUAAGAAGAUGACACUGUCAAAGGAAAGGAGUACUAAGAACGAGAAUAAAGAAGCUGAUCAAAGUGGCAAAUUAUUUGAUCCACAGAAUUCUCAGUUGGAGGGAAUAGUUGCUAAAAUGAACUUUACAAAACUUAGUGAGGCAACUGAUGAUUUCAUCAUAGACAACGUCAUUGGGAUGGGAAAGGUUGGGGUGAUGUACAAAGCAGUUCUUCCAAAUGGUUCACUCCUUGCAGUUAAGAGGUUACAUGGCUCUGAAUCAUUUGAAAAACAAUUCAUAAGUGAGCUAUUGGCACUGGGUACAUUGAGACACAAUAACAUAGUUCCCCUCUUGGGAUUUUGCAGAGAAAGGAAGGAAAAGCUUCUAGUGUACCAAUAUAUAUCAAAUGGCAAUCUUUAUGAUUGGCUACACGCAAAGGAAGGCACUGAUAAGAUCUUGGCAUGGCCUUUGAGGAUUAAAAUUGCAAUCGGGAUAGCUAGUGGCUUGGCAUGGCUUCACCACGGUGGGAUUUCAGAGUAG